AUGUCCUUCCUGCCCGACUUCGGGAUCUUCACCAUGGGCAUAUGGUCUAUUGGUCUUGGAGCCAUCGGUGCAGCUGUGACAGGGAUUGUCCUUGCUAACACUGAUUUAUUUUUGUCCAAGGCAGAAAAGGCUACGUUGGAGUUUUUAGAGGAGAUAGAACUACAAACUUUGGGAUCAAAACAAAGAACAUUCAAAGCGGCUGAACUAUGGAAGAAGAAUGGUGCAGUGAUCAUGGCUGUGCGAAGACCUGGAUGAUUUUUGUGCAGAGAGGAGGCUUCUGAGCUCUCCUCUCUGGAACCUCAGCUGUCCAAGCUGGGUGUCCCUCUCUGUGCUGUUGUGAAAGAGAAGAUAGGGACUGAAGUGGAGGAUUUUCAGCAUUAUUUCAAAGGAGAAAUAUUUCUGGAUGAAAAGAAAGGCUUUUAUGGUCCACGCAGACGAAAAAUGAUGCUGUCGGGUUUCUUCCGCUUGGGAGUCUGGCAAAAUUUCUUCCGUGCUUGGAAAAGUGGAUAUAGUGGUAACCUGGAAGGAGAAGGAUUCACACUGGGAGGAGUAUAUGUGAUUGGGGCAGGAAGACAGGGUGUUUUACUGGAGCAUCGUGAGAAACAAUUUGGAGACAAAGUCAGCCUUCCAUCUGUCCUUGAAGCUGCUGAGAAGAUACAGCCACAAGCUUCAUAA